CGUGGAGGAGCUGGGGGUCGCCGGAAACAUCGUGCGCCACAUCCCGGACCGCGUCCAGCCCACGAGCAACCUGAGUCCCUGUACUCCAUCCCUUCUCCCGUGGACACCUGCGGGGACCCGGGCGCACGCGCCCGGACCACGGAGCCCUCGGCGGCAGGGCAGUGUCCCAAAUGGACCCUCAUCUUCGACCUGUCGGCUGUGGACCCCGCGGAGCUCCCGAGCCGAGCCCGUCUGGAGCUGCGCUUCGCAGCGGAGGAAGCGGCUGCGGCGGAGACAGCAGGCGGCUGGGAGCUGAGCGUGGCGCAGGCAGCCGAGGAGGUGGGCGCAGGCCCGGUGCUGCUCCGCCAGGCAGUGGUCUCCCUGGGGACGCCGGUGCGCGCUGAGCUGCUGGGCGCCACCUGGGCCCACAACGCCUCAGUACCACGCAGCCUCCGCCUGGCGCUGGCGCUGCGCCCCCGGCACACGGGCACCUGCGGGCGCUUGGCUGAGGCCUCACUGUUGUUGGUGACCCUUGACCCGCGCCUGUGCCACCCCUUCGCCCGGCCGCGGCGCGAGGCCGAGCCCUCGGUGGGUGGUGGCCACGGGGGCUCCUGUCGCGCCCGGCGGCUCUACGUCAGCUUCCGCGAGGUGGGCUGGCAUCGCUGGGUCAUUGCGCCGCGCGGUUUCCUGGCCAACUACUGCCAGGGCCAGUGCUCGCUGCCCGCCACGCUGCCCGGGCCCGGGGGGCCGCCCGCGCUCAACCACGCCGUGCUGCGCGCGCUCAUGCACUCGGCAGCCCCCGGUCCUGCCGGCCUGCCCUGCUGUGUUCCCGCGCGCCUGUCACCCAUCUCCGUGCUCUUCUUCGACAACAGUGACAACGUGGUCCUGCGGCACUACGAGGACAUGGUGGUGGACGAGUGCGGCUGCCGCUGACAGACGUGCAGGAGCGGGGACACAAUAAACACUGGGUGGUUUGA